CUGAGGACCUCCCUGGGAUGGGCUGAGCCAUGGGUGGAUCUGAGAGCCUGAUCCCUUUAGGGAGAGGACACUCCUCGGGCAAGUGCCCUCAAUCUUCCGAUCGCCCUGUCUGUUCCUGCCCAGCUCUCAGCCUAGGACAGGAAUCUGUGCCACCCAAAUUGUUUGAUCCAGUGAAUGUGCAAGGAAAGGUCUCUGAGGCCCCCGUCUGCUGACUGCAUGACAAACUCUAAAGGAAAUGCCAGUCGUGAUGGCCCGGGACCUGGAGGAAACAGCAUCAUCCUCAGAGGAUGAGGAGGUGGUAAGCCAGGAAGAUAAUCCAUGCAUCAUGUGGACUGGAGGCUGCAGGAGAAUCCCAGUUUUGGUAUUCCAUGCUGAGGCUAUUCUGACAAAGGACAACAAUAUUCGAGUAAUUGGAGAACGUUAUCACUUGUCUUACAAGAUUGUACGAACAGACAGUCGCCUGGUACGCAGCAUUCUGACAGCCCAUGGAUUUCAUGAAGUUCAUCCGAGCAGCACUGACUAUAACCUAAUGUGGACAGGAUCCCACCUGAAGCCCUUCUUACUUCGUACCCUCUCUGAAGCACAAAAGGUUAAUCACUUUCCCAGGUCAUAUGAACUAACCCGGAAGGACCGACUGUACAAAAACAUCAUUCGAAUGCAGCAUACACAUGGAUUCAAGGCUUUUCACAUCCUCCCCCAGACCUUCCUGCUGCCAGCUGAGUAUGCGGAAUUCUGUAAUUCAUAUUCAAAGGACCGGGGACCUUGGAUCGUAAAACCAGUGGCCUCUUCCAGGGGGCGGGGCGUCUACCUGAUCAACAAUCCAAACCAGAUUUCCCUGGAAGAGAACAUCCUGGUCUCCCGUUAUAUUAACAACCCCCUGCUCAUAGAUGAUUUCAAAUUUGAUGUGCGCCUCUAUGUGCUGGUGACUUCCUAUGACCCUCUUGUCAUCUAUCUCUAUGAAGAAGGACUAGCUCGGUUUGCAACCGUGCGAUAUGACCAGGGAGCCAAGAACAUUCGGAACCAGUUCAUGCACCUGACCAACUACAGUGUGAAUAAGAAGAGUGGAGACUAUGUCAGCUGUGAUGAUCCGGAAGUGGAGGAUUAUGGGAACAAGUGGAGCAUGAGUGCUAUGCUCCGGUAUCUGAAACAAGAAGGCAGAGACACAACUGCACUGAUGGCCCAUGUAGAGGACCUGAUCAUUAAGACUAUAAUCUCUGCUGAACUAGCUAUUGCCACAGCCUGUAAAACCUUUGUUCCUCAUCGGAGCAGUUGUUUUGAACUCUAUGGCUUUGACGUGCUCAUAGAUUCUACCCUGAAGCCAUGGUUGUUGGAAGUGAAUCUCUCUCCUUCUUUGGCCUGUGAUGCACCUCUGGACCUAAAGAUUAAAGCCAGUAUGAUCUCAGAUAUGUUCACUGUUGUAGGGUUUGUGUGUCAAGAUCCUGCCCAGCGGACAUCAACCCGGCCAAUUUACCCCACGUUUGACUCUUCCAGGCGAAACCCUUUCCAGAAACCUCAGCGUCCAGUAUCUGCACAGUUUCAGUCAUCAACCAUCAAGCAGCGUUCCCGUCCACUCUCCGCCAGUGAUGCGGAAAUGAAAAACCUUGUGGGCUCAGCACGGGAGAAGGUGCCGGGGAAGUUAGGUGGCUCUGUGCUUGGUCUGUCAAUGGAGGAGAUCAAAGUUUUACGGAGGGUGAAGGAAGAGAAUGAUCGGAGAGGUGGAUUUAUUCGCAUAUUCCCCACAUCAGAGACAUGGGAAAUAUAUGGGUCCUACCUUGAACACAAGACCUCCAUGAACUAUAUGCUGGCGACACGUCUCUUUCAAGACAGCACCAGCACUGAAGAGGAUUGUUUGAUCGACUUCUUUUUAUUUUGGCAGGUUGGCAGUAUUAGGACACUGGCACAGACGGAAGACAUGGGGAGGAAAAGGGGAAACCCAAGAAGAAGCUUAUUGACAGGAAGAACACGAAUGGCGAUUGAUGGAGCACCAGAACUGAAGGUAGAGAGUACGAAUUCAAGGGCCAAGCUGCACGCUGCUCUCUAUGAGAGGAAGCUCCUGUCUCUGGAGGUGCGAAAACGUAGACGACGGAGUGGCAGAUUAAGGGCAAUGAGGCCAAAAUACCCAGUGAUUACCCAACCAGCUGAAAUGAAUGUUAAAACUGGGACAGAGAGUGAAGAAGAGGAAGAAGUUGCAUUAGACAAUGAAGAUGAAGAACAGGAAGCUUACCAGGAGGAGUCUGCAGGGUCCCUUGGAGAAAAUCAAGCCAAAUACACACCCUCACUGACUGUUAUGAUAGAAAAUUCACCCAAAGAAAAUGCCAUGAAGGUUCCUGAGUGGAAUAACAAAGGUGAACAAUGCUGCAGAAUUGAAACUCAGGAGCCAGAGCCUAAAUUUAACCUGAUGCAGAUCCUGCAAGAUAAUGGCAAUCUUAGCAAAGUGCAGGCCCGAAUAGCAUUCUCUGCCUAUCUCCAGCAUGUUCAAAUCCGCCUGAUGAAAGACAGUGGAGGUCAAACGUUCAGUGCCAGCUGGGCUGCCAAAGAGGAUGAACAGAUGGAGCUAGUGGUUCGUUUCCUCAAGCGAGCAUCAAGUAACCUCCAGCACUCACUAAGGAUGGUAUUACCCAGUCGGAGACUGGCACUUCUGGAACGCAGAAGAAUCCUGGCCCACCAGCUGGGUGACUUUAUCUCUGUGUACAGCAAGGAAACAGAACAAAUGGCUGAAAAGAAAUCAAAGAAGAAACUUGAGGAAGAAGAGGAAGAUGGGGUGAAUUCGGAAAACUUUCAGGAGUUCAUCAGACAAGCAAGUGAGGCUGAACUGGAGGAGGUGUUGACUUUUUAUACCCAAAAAAACAAGUCUGCGAGUGUCUUCCUGGGGACGCACUCAAAAAGUUCCAAAAACAGCAACAGUUUUUCUGAUAGCGGGGCAAAGGGUGAUCAUCCUGAAACGAUGGAAGAAGUGAAAAUAAAGCAGCCCAAACAGCAACAGACAACAGAAAUUCACUCUGAUAAAUUAUCUCGAUUUACCACUUCAGCAGAAAAAGAGGCUAAAUUAAUCUAUACCAAUUCUUCUACUUCUUUCUCUGGUCCUGCUGCUACCCUUCUGCAGAAAAUUCCCAACACCCACUUGUCAUCUAUUGUUACCACCCCUGACCUCUCACCAAGGCCAGGCCACCAUUCUCUAUCUCAGAUCCCUCCAGCUAUCCCCAGCAUGCCUCACCAGCCAGCAGUUUUACUGAGCACAGUCCCUGACAGUGCUUCUCUCUCCAUGCAUCCUGGGACACAGAACGUACCAAGCCCCGCUGGCCUGCCACGCUGUCGAUCAGGCAGUUACACCAUUGGCCCCUUUUCCUCUUUCCAAAGUGCUGCACACAUCUAUAGCCAGAAACUGUCUCGUCCCUCUUCAGCAAAGGCAGCAGGUUCAUGCCAUCCAAACAAGCAGCAUUCAGGAGUGGCCAGAACCCAAAAGGAGGGAGAAGAUGGCUCUUCAUACAGCAAACGAUACAACCCAAGUAUGGUUACGGCCGAACUUCAGCGGCUGGCCGAGAAGCAGGCAGCCAGGCAGUAUUCUCCAUCUACUCACAUCAGCCUCCUCACCCAGCAGGUAACAAACCUGAACUUGGCAAGCAGCGUCAUAAACAGAAGCAGUGCUUCAACUCCCCCCACACUUCGGCCUGUCCUCAGUCCCGGUGGCCCAACAUGGUCGAUACAGUCAGACCCCCAAGCUCCUGAGAGCCACCCCACCCCUCCUGGAAGCAGGAGCCUCCAGACAGGUGGCUUUGCCUGGGAGGGAGAGGUAGAGAACAACGCAUAUAGCAAGGCUACAGGGGUGGCCCCCCAGCACAAGUACCACCCCACUGCAGGCAGCUACCAGCUCCAUUUUGCCCUACAACAACUAGAACAGCAAAAACUUCAGUCCCGGCAGCUUCUGGACCAGAGUCGAGCUCGGCACCAGGCGAUCUUUGGCAGCCAGACACUACCUAACUCCAAUUUAUGGACAAUAAACAAUGGUGCAGCUUGCAGAAUUCCAAGCGCCACAGUCAGUGGCCAGAAGCCAACAACUCUGCCACAAAAAGUGGUGCCACCUCCAAGUUCCUCCUCCCUGGUCCCCAAACCCCCGUCCAGUCACAAACAAGUCCUCAGAAAGGCAGCAUCCCAAAGGGCUUCCAAAGGGGCCUCCGCAGAAGGGCAGCUGAACGGACUCCAGAGCAGCCUUAACUCGGCAGCCUUUGUGCCCAUCACCAGCUCCACAGGAUCUUUGGAAGCUCCCCAGGUUAUUUUCGCCAGAUCCAAACCCUUGCCCACACAAUCUGGAGCCCUUGCUACAGCUAUAGGACACAGAAAACCAAAGUCGGUGAAGUCAGGGCCAAUUUAAGAUCCCAUUCACACUAAAAGAUGAAGCACAGACCCGCGGAGGAGGAACCUGCUCACUGCUCCACUACCCCUGGGUGCCUGACUCCAGUGAAGCACUCACCAGUGCUGCAAGGGGUCCAGAGUAUUUUUUGCUGCUUCAGUCCCCAAUGCCUUCCAGCAGAAGUGGCCGUAGACUGUUGCCCAUCAGCCAGUCCAGGCUUGUUCUGAGACGACAGGGAAACGUAUCAGCUGGGUUUCGAUGGAACUUGGCAGCGGGGACCUUCAGCAGAUGCGAUAUAUACCCCAUCUGAGCACACGUGUAUCUUUUCCCUCUUUCCCCCCCUUCCCCCACCUGCUUAGGUCUUCUCUGCCCCUUUCCUGCUACCACACAGAUGAUAUAAAAGAGGCUCUUUGGCUAUUUGCAUUUUGCUUCCUCUUCUUUUCCAGACUUUGCAGUAUUAAGCUUUACCUCCUACAAACCUAGAAUCCCAACAACAUUAUCUACCAAAGCUGUUCUUCCCUUUCCGGAGGGUUUGGGAGAAAGGGGGGCUUGCAUCACAAGUUUCCCGGGGCGUAAAGACGAAGUCGGUGUGCCGCUGACCACAUGAGCACCACGGUAAACGCACCCUUUGGAAUUAACUGAUUUCUAAAAUUAAUAAAGUAAGUCUAUUUUUA